UGAUCCGGUUAACCCGGGAUAUUUCGGUGAAAUGGCCGCCGAGAGCCGAUGAGGACCCGAAACAAACAUGGAGACUGCAAUCGACUUCAAGUCCCUCCGGGCCAAGUUUCAAGAGGAAAUUCAGUCGAAGGAGAGGCCAUCUGUUCCUCACAAGCCCAAACGCUUUCCACCUCCAGCAGGACGCACCAGCUCCCCAUUCAUCAUCAGUUCUUCUGGAGAAGAACACAGUCCCAACGCAUCUAGUGCCGUUUCAAGGAAUGACUGCAAGGUGGCACAAGCAAACCGGCCCGUUUCAGUUCCGUCGUGUUUUUUCCACCACGGGAACGAUGGCGGAAGUGGUGUCGCAAGGCUUCCCUUCAGAGAUCGUCAGCUGCCUUUAGUUCUUCCAGCCUCAUCUCACGAGCUGAAGCGCGACCCGGUCGUUUCAUCUAGUAAACUGGUUACGUCGCCAAUCAAAUGCAAAAAGAAAGCCAUGCCAGCACCGUUCAAGCCCCCCAAGUUUUCUAAAUGCAUCAAAGAUAUUAUAGAAGGUUCUGCUGAACAUGCUGAAAACGGCAAGGUCCUCAAACCUCCUCAGUCCACCCUGAUUGGGGCAAAUGGCUUCAGCCACCAGAAUGGGGGCUCAGACUGUGGGUCACCGUGUCCAAGCCCAGAGCAGUCAGUUACACCUCCGCCAACAGCAGAAAACUCCUCGACUGUGGGUGGCGUCACCCAUGUUCUGAGCACUCUGGAGAAAGCCAGGAAGAGGUUCUCUCCCAGGAGUUUGUUGGUGUAUGCCAGACCCAAGAGCUUCUAUGCUAGCAAAUGCUCCCCUGAGAGAUCACCGCCAUUUGAAGCGUAUGAAAAUGUUCACCACGAGGCGGAGACUGGUUCCUGGCAGUCAGGACACCCCCCUGUCAGCUCCCCACCUUUCCUGCAAGCUGAAGGAUUCGCUCACUUCACAGGAACUGAUUUUCGUGUAAAUGGAGAUGUGAAGCCUGUUAUGCCGGGUGUACAGGCUCCUCCGGUCCCCAAACCCCUGCCAGACCUGGCAUCUCUGGGGCCUUCACCCAUGAAACCACCCAGACCCCCACAAGUGGAUCUCAGCUCCUACUCUGGGAUAAUGGAACAUGAACUCAGAGCCGAAGCACCUUUGAAACUGGCUGAAGUUCCUGAUACCAUAGCAACAGAUGUCAUGGAUCCUGAGAGUCAGACGGUGCCUCCGCCUCCUGAGUUCGAUGCUCCAGAAUUUCCAGAUUUUGAGGCUUCUGUGCUGGAAGCUUUAAAUAGUAAUCUCAUAAAUCUUGCGGCUCUGGAGCUGGAGGCUACAGAAUUUGGAGCCCCACAAGUGGACAGUUUGCCGCCUCCACCACCGAAACCAGAAGAAACGAAUUAUAUGGACGUUCAAGAUCCUCAAAGAUAUGAGGAAGUGAUCCAGAAGCACUUUGUUUACCCUGCAGAAGCGGUCGGUGUUCUACUGGAGAGGUCUGCUGGUCCAGAGCACUGGACGGAUUCACAGUCAAGCACAGCACUGCAGACUGAGCUGCUCAAACCUGUGGCUUCUGAGACGUCCAUGAAUGGAGCUCGUAAUGUCCAGACUGACUGCAACAGUAGUGAACUUCCUUCAGAACCAAGUAAAUCAGCAAAGAUUCUUAUUUUCAACAUUCCUCUUCUAGCCUCAGUCAGCCGGGAGAUCAUUAUGAAGCCUGUGAUAACGUCUACGAAGAGGUGGAGACGGUCACUAAAUUCCAUUUUGGACAAAACUCCCGCAAACGGAAAGGACCCUCCGAAGAAUCCCUAUGCUGAUUCUCCAGUGAAAGAGGAGACGCGCAAAAGCAUACGGCAUGUCACUCAGUGGGCUAGUGCGACUGCUGAGGCUAAUGGUUUAAAUCCUGCUUACUGUGACAGGAAGGAACGCUCGAGUCCUGACCACCCUGAUGAGAGAGAACUGCGAAAGAGAGAAAAACAGCGUCUGGAACGGGAGAAAAAGGAGCAGAAGGAGAGAGAGAAAAAAGAAAACGAGAUGAAAAAGAAAUUUAAAAUCACUGGACAGGAGGAGCCUAUGUACCACGCCCGAGUGCUAGUGGCCAGCAAGCUGCGCAAGCACGACCUGCAGGUGAAGAGCGGAGACACGGUCAGCAUCAUACGCACCACCAACUGCCCCAAGGGCAAGUGGCUGGCCAGGGAUGCACAGCACAAGUAUGGCUACAUUUCAGUCAUGAAUGUGGAGCUGAAUAUGAAGGAGAUGCUGGAGCUGGGGAAGCGGGCGCAGGCCGCCGGGCGAGCAGCAGGCGAGGCGGACACCCUUAGCCUAAGCAGCAGGUCUUCACAUUAUAACCCAGUCCUCACGAGCAGUUUUACUGAUGAUAGUGAAGAGUGGACUGGAGAUGAGACCUCGUCCACUUUACCAGAAAGCUUGGGUCCGAACAGAGCUGUCUCAAUGCCGGACAUGUUUGGUGGUAAUGUCAGUGCUCACCAUGCACUGAGUGCUGGCAGUAUGGAGGACAUCCCCUCUCAGCACGAGGCUCUUCAGAAGCUCGCGGUCUUCUUCCAGAACUCCAGAGAGGAGCUCAACACUGUAACGGAUCACACUAACUCCAUUCCAGCCAACUUCAGUGGUCCAGGUCUUCUGAGUGUUGUGGAGGAACCUCCUUAUGUUGAGGAAGACCAGUUCAGUUAUGCAGACGUUGAGCUGCUGCCUCCUCCUGAACUCUACGCUGACUUUGUCUGAACAUUGAGGUAAACUACACCACUUCACUCGUUAUGGAAGACGGGCUCCUUUACCAGGUUUAAAAGCCAAACUGAGGCCCAUAUGGUGCCCAUUCAGUCUGCAGGAAAAGUUUAAAAAAGAAAAUGAUGAUGAUAAUUAAAAGGCCUGUCACUUUUGGGUGCGAGUGUAAUGAUACUUGUCUAAAUGUUAUGGUGUAUUGUGUCAGUUGAGAUUAUGGCUUUGCACUGUCUUGCAUUCUCUUGUUUUUCUUUGUUCCUUAUGCAGUGUUUCUGCUUUGUUCUGGCCUUUUGUUUUGUUUUAUGUUUAUAUUAAACCACUCAUUUAUGUAAAUGGAUGCAUACAAUAAAUAUAAAUAGUUGUAUUCUGAUUUGUGUUUAAUGAUGCUUUUUGUUUUAAGACUAAUCCUUUUCCUCAUCCAUUUAAUCAGC